GCGAGGUGCUCCCGGAAUCGCGGGCGGCGCCGGCGGGCGGCGCGGUCCUCAGAGGAGACCCCGGGGACUGGGGCUUGACCCGGAGGUGCAGAGAGCCCCUCAGAGCUUCAGUUUUGCAGUAGAAUAGUAUAACCAUGUUUCGGAAUAGUCUCAAGAUGCUGCUUACUGGUGGGAAAUCAAGUCGUAAAAACAGGUCAAGUGAUGGAGGGAGCGAGGAACCACCGGAUCGAAGACAGUCAAGUGUAGACUCUCGCCAAAGCCGCUCUGGGCAAGGUGGCAUCUCCACAGAAAGCGACUGUGCUUUUGAGCCAGACUACGCUGUUCCACCACUUCCAGUGAGUGAAGGUAUGCAGCACAUUCGGAUUAUGGAGGGCAUGUCUCGCUCUCUUCCAUCCUCCCCCUUACUCACACAUCAGUCUAUCAGUGUUCGGCUCCAACCUGUGAAGAAGUUAACUGCCCCUCUGAGGAAGGCAAAGUUUGUUGAGAGCCCACGAAUUCCAGAAUCCGAGCUUGGCUCACCAACCCUCACUUCAGCUCAGAAACUGGACGUGGAUGCAUACUGCCCUGGUGAUGCCGAACAAGAACUUGGCCCCCCUCCAUCUGUAGAUGAGGCAGCAAACACACUCAUGACUCGUCUGGGUUUCCUCCUUGGAGAGAAAGUCACAGAAGUUCAGCCAGGUGACCAAUACAGCAUGGAAGUACAGGAUGAAAAUCAGACCUCAGCAAUCACCCAGCGGAUAAGUCCCUGUUCCACCCUGACUAGCAGCACUGCCUCUCCACCAGCCAGUAGCCCCUGCUCUACACUCCCACCCAUCAGUACAAAUGCAACUGCCAAGGAUUGCAGCUAUGGGGCUGUUACUAGUCCAACUUCUACCCUUGAAAGCAGAGAUAGUGGCAUCAUUGCUACAUUAACAAGCUAUUCUGAAAACAUGGAACGUACAAAAUAUGCUGGGGAAAGCAGUAAAGAAUUAGGAUCUGGAGGAAACAUAAAACCUUGGCAAUCUCAAAAAUCCAGCAUGGACUCCUGUUUGUAUCGAGUAGAUGAAAACAUGACUGCUUCCACCUACAGCCUGAAUAAGAUCCCAGAGAGAAAUUUGGAAACAGUGUUAUCUCAAUCAGUACAGUCUAUUCCUUUGUAUCUCAUGCCACGGCCAAAUUCAGUAGCAGCCACCAGCUCUGCCCACUUGGAAGACCUUGCUUACCUGGAUGAGCAGAGACAUACACCUUUGAGAACUUCUCUACGAAUGCCAAGACAGAGUAUGGGUGGUGCUCGCACACAGCAGGAUUUAAGAGUUCGCUUUGCACCUUAUAGGCCUCCAGAUAUCUCCUUGAAGCCUCUGCUCUUUGAAGUGCCCAGCAUCACUACAGAGUCAGUGUUUGUUGGCCGAGAUUGGGUUUUCCACGAAAUAGAUGCUCAACUUCAAAGUUCAAAUACCAGCGUGAACCAAGGAGUAGUAAUUGUGGGAAACAUUGGCUUUGGCAAAACUGCCAUCAUCUCCAGACUGGUGGCCCUCAGCUGCCAUGGUACAAGGAUGAGACAGAUCGCCUCAGACAGCCCACAUGCCUCCCCGAAACAUGUGGAUGCCAACAGAGAGCUGCCACUCACACAGCCACCUUCAGCUCACUCAUCUAUCACCAGUGGAAGCUGCCCAGGAACCCCAGAAAUGCGCAGGCGGCAGGAGGAAGCAAUGCGAAGACUAGCCUCACAGGUGGUUGCCUAUCACUAUUGUCAAGCAGAUAAUGCCUAUACCUGCUUGGUGCCAGAAUUUGUCCACAAUGUUGCUGCCUUGCUCUGCCGCUCACCUCAGCUGACAGCCUAUCGGGAGCAACUUCUUCGGGAACCUCACCUGCAGAGCAUGCUGAGUCUUCGGUCCUGUGUUCAAGACCCCAUGGCCUCCUUCCGGAGGGGAGUCCUGGAGCCACUAGAGAAUCUCCAUAAAGAGAGAAAAAUCCCAGAUGAAGAUUUCAUCAUUUUAAUUGAUGGAUUAAAUGAAGCAGAAUUUCACAAACCGGAUUAUGGGGAUACAAUUGUAUCGUUUCUGAGUAAAAUGAUUGGAAAGUUUCCUUCUUGGCUCAAACUAAUUGUAACAGUUAGGACCAGUUUACAGGAAAUUACCAAGCUGCUGCCUUUCCAUAGGAUUUUUUUGGAUCGACUAGAAGAGAAUGAAGCCAUAGACCAGGACCUGCAGGCUUACAUCCUGCACCGGAUACACAGCAGCUCAGAGAUCCAGAAUAACAUUUCACUAAAUGGCAAAAUGGACAAUACUACAUUUGGCAAACUCAGUUCUCAUCUCAAGACCCUCAGUCAAGGGUCCUAUCUAUAUCUGAAACUCACAUUUGACCUCAUAGAGAAAGGCUAUCUAGUGUUAAAGAGCUCUAGCUACAAAGUAGUUCCAGUUUCACUCUCAGAGGUUUAUUUACUCCAAUGCAAUAUGAAGUUCCCAACCCAGUCUUCCUUUGACCGGGUGAUGCCUCUCCUGAAUGUGGCAGUGGCCUCUCUCCACCCACUGACUGAUGAGCAUAUCUUCCAGGCCAUCAAUGCUGGGAGCAUUGAAGGCACACUAGAAUGGGAGGAUUUUCAGCAGAGAAUGGAGAACCUCUCCAUGUUCCUAAUCAAGCGCAGAGACAUGACUCGCAUGUUUGUACAUCCUUCUUUUCGAGAAUGGCUUAUCUGGAGAGAAGAAGGAGAGAAAACCAAAUUUCUCUGUGAUCCCAGGAGUGGUCACACAUUACUUGCCUUCUGGUUUUCCCGCCAAGAGGGAAAACUAAACCGACAGCAGACUAUUGAACUGGGACAUCACAUCCUCAAAGCACACAUUUUUAAGGGUUUGAGUAAAAAAGUUGGUGUAUCAUCCUCCAUCCUCCAAGGUCUCUGGAUCUCCUAUAGCACAGAAGGUCUUUCCAUGGCACUGGCAUCUUUACGAAAUCUGUAUACUCCAAAUAUAAAGGUCAGCCGACUGCUGAUUUUGGGAGGUGCCAAUAUUAAUUACCGGACAGAGGUUUUAAAUAAUGCUCCAAUUCUAUGUGUUCAGUCCCAUCUUGGUUACACAGAAAUGGUAGCCCUGCUACUGGAGUUCGGGGCCAACGUGGAUGCCUCUUCUGAAAGUGGCCUGACUCCGCUGGGAUAUGCUGCAGCAGCAGGCUACCUGAGCAUUGUGGUGCUGCUGUGCAAGAAACGGGCUAAGGUGGAUCAUUUGGAUAAGAACGGGCAAUGUGCUUUGGUUCAUGCUGCACUCCGAGGUCAUCUGGAGGUUGUCAAGUUUUUGAUUCAGUGUGACUGGACAAUGGCCGGCCAGCAGCAAGGAGUGUUUAAGAAGAGCCAUGCCAUCCAACAGGCCCUCAUUGCUGCAGCCAGCAUGGGUUACACUGAGAUUGUCUCCUACCUACUUGAUCUUCCAGAAAAAGAUGAAGAGGAAGUAGAGCGAGCACAGAUCAACAGCUUUGACAGUCUCUGGGGAGAGACAGCCCUAACAGCUGCAGCCGGAAGGGGCAAACUGGAGGUGUGCCGUCUGCUCUUGGAACAAGGGGCAGCAGUGGCCCAGCCAAACCGCCGAGGGGCAGUGCCGCUAUUCAGCACUGUGCGCCAGGGCCACUGGCAGAUUGUUGAUCUUUUACUCACCCAUGGAGCUGAUGUCAACAUGGCAGACAAGCAGGGCCGCACUCCCCUGAUGAUGGCUGCCUCCGAAGGCCAUCUAGGAACUGUGGACUUCCUACUUGCACAAGGUGCCUCCAUUGCUCUCAUGGACAAAGAAGGAUUGACAGCCCUCAGCUGGGCUUGUUUGAAGGGCCAUCUCUCAGUAGUACGUUCUCUGGUGGAUAACGGAGCUGCCACAGACCAUGCUGACAAGAAUGGCCGUACCCCACUGGAUCUGGCAGCUUUCUAUGGUGAUGCUGAGGUGGUCCAGUUCCUGGUAGAUCAUGGGGCCAUGAUCGAGCAUGUUGACUACAGUGGAAUGCGCCCUUUGGAUAGGGCCGUGGGGUGCCGGAACACCUCUGUGGUUGUCACUCUUCUGAAGAAAGGAGCCAAGAUAGGUUGUCAGACGUUACCGAGUCGCCCACGAGGUCCAGCCACAUGGGCGAUGGCCACCUCCAAGCCAGACAUCAUGAUCAUCCUGUUGAGCAAGCUGAUGGAAGAGGGGGACAUGUUUUAUAAGAAAGGUAAAGUAAAGGAAGCUGCCCAGCGCUACCAGUACGCCCUGAAGAAGUUCCCUAGAGAAGGGUUUGGUGAGGACUUGAAAACUUUCCGGGAACUAAAGGUGUCUCUCCUCCUCAACCUGUCUCGGUGUCGCAGGAAAAUGAAUGAUUUUGGAAUGGCGGAGGAAUUUGCUACUAAGUCCCUGGAGCUGAAACCGAAAUCUUAUGAAGCUUACUAUGCGAGAGCAAGGGCAAAACGCAGCAGCAGACAGUUUGCAGCAGCCUUAGAGGACCUGAACGAGGCCAUCAAGCUGUGUCCAAACAACCGUGAGAUCCAGAGACUUCUGAUGAGAGUGGAAGAAGAGUGUAGACAGAUGCAGCAGCCACAGCAGCCGCAGCCGCAGCCGCCCCCGCCACAGCCUCAGCAGCAGUUGCCGGAAGAAGCAGAACCUGAACCACAGCAUGAAGACAUAUACUCUGUACAGGAUAUAUUUGAGGAGGAGUACCUGGAGCAGGAUGUUGAAAAUGUUUCCAUUGGCCUCCAGACAGAGGCCCGGCCCAGCCAGGGGCUCCCAGUCAUCCAGAGCCCACCCUCUUCUCCCCCGCAUCGGGACACAGCCUACAUCUCCAGCUCCCCUCUUGGCUCUCAUCAGGUUUUUGACUUCCGGUCCAAUAGUUCUGUAGGCUCGCCCACUAGACAGAGCUAUCAGUCCACCUCACCUGCCCUUUCUCCAACUCAUCAGAACUCACAUUAUAGGCCUAGCCCACCACAUACUUCCCCAGCUCAUCAGGGAGGAUCUUACCGCUUCAGCCCCCCUCCUGUGGGAGGGCAGGGCAAAGAAUACCCAAGCCCUCCCCCUUCCCCUCUCCGAAGAGGCCCUCAGUAUCGGGCCAGCCCUCCAGCCGAAAGUAUGAGUGUCUAUAGAUCCCAGUCUGGUUCACCCGUGCGCUAUCAGCAGGAAACAAACGUCAGUCAGCUUCCUGGCAGACCCAAAUCUCCAUUAUCCAAAAUGGCCCAGCGGCCCUACCAGAUGCCUCAGCUCCCUGUGGCAGUUCCCCAGCAAGGGCUCAGGCUACAGCCUGCCAAGGCCCAGAUUGUGAGAAGUAACCAGCCCAGCCCAGCCGUCCAUUCAAGCACUGUCAUCCCCACUGGAGCCUACGGUCAAGUAGCCCAUUCAAUGGCGAGUAAAUACCAGUCUUCACAAGGAGACAUGGGAGUCGGCCAGAGCCGGCUGGUUUAUCAAGGGUCAAUCGGGGGAAUUGUAGGGGAUGGGAGGCCAGUGCAGCAUGUCCAAGCCAGCCUGAGUGCAGGCGCCAUCUGUCAGCAUGGAGGCUUGACCAAAGAGGAUCUUCCACAGCGACCUUCCUCAGCAUACCGAGGUGGCGUGAGAUACAGCCAGACACCACAGAUCGGACGCAGCCAGUCAGCAUCCUAUUACCCAGUCUGUCACUCAAAACUAGAUCUGGAGCGUUCCCCCAGCCAACUAGGUUCCCCUGACGUGUCACAUUUAAUCAGAAGACCUAUUAGCGUCAACCCUAACGAAAUCAAACCCCACCCGCCAACUCCCAGGCCGCUGCUGCACUCCCAAAGUGUAGGCCUUCGCUUCUCGCCAUCUAGCAAUAGUAUCUCCUCCACCUCCAACCUAACUCCGACCUUCCGGCCAUCUUCUUCCAUCCAGCAAAUGGAGAUCCCACUGAAACCGGCGUAUGAGAGGUCAUGUGAUGAGCUGUCGCCAGUGUCUCCCACUCAAGGAGGUUACCCCAGUGAGCCCACCCGAUCCAGGACCACACCAUUCAUGGGGAUCAUCGAUAAAACAGCACGGACUCAGCAGUACCCCCACCUCCACCAGCAGAAUCGGACCUGGGCAGUGUCGUCCGUGGAUACCGUCCUGAGUCCCACGUCUCCAGGCAACCUGCCUCAGCCCGAGUCCUUCAGUCCACCAUCAUCCAUCAGCAACAUUGCCUUUUAUAACAAAACCAACAAUGCACAGAAUGGCCAUUUGCUGGAGGACGAUUAUUACAGCCCCCAUGGGAUGCUGGCUAACGGGUCUCGCGGAGACCUCCUAGAGCGAGUCAGCCAGGCCUCCUCGUAUCCCGAUGUGAAGGUAGCUCGGACUCUACCUGUGGCUCAGGCAUACCAGGACAACCUGUACAGGCAGCUGUCCCGAGACUCUCGGCAAGGGCAGACAUCCCCUAUCAAACCAAAGAGACCGUUUGUGGAGUCUAAUGUUUAAAAGACGUUUUGUUGGAGUGAGACCCGUAUGUUUUCACUGCACAUUUUCAGGCUUGGUUUCCACAUUUGAGGUAGUUCUCUGGCUUAAUUUCUCAUGUAGUUUCUGUGUGGUGUUCAGAGGUGGCAGCGCACAUGCUGAAAUCCUUUGCAUGCAGCCGACUGGGAAGCUGGCCUCCAGUGAGCCAGAACUUCAGUUUCUCUUGUCUGUGCCCAGCCACAUGCUCUCUCCCUCUCUUCAGAUGCCAACGAGGAGAUUUUUGUGCCGUGUGCUUUAACCCAGGGAGAUCAGACACACUGGUCAGCUUUUUCCAGGAGACAAUCGCUUUCACUGAUGUUGUUGUGUAAAUGUCUUUUUCCUUUUUUAAAAAAUAAGGUGUUCUUGUUUUAUUCUAGAAACUUUAGAAAAGUGUGUGUUGCCCCUUUGCCUUCGCGUUCUUAGCCAGUGGCACCCACAGCCAGCCGCAGCGCAUUCUCCCCAGACCACCAGCUCCCCGCAGCCACCAGGUCUACAAUGUGCAUUAGGAAGAGUGCUGGUCUUUCUAGAGGGGUAAAAGGAAGAGAGAGAGAGAAGUCUGCUAAAUUGGAAGAAAACCCCAAUAUAAUUAUGUGAAAUGUCACUACAUUGACUUUCCAAGAGGCAUUUUAGGAACAUUUAAAAAACAACCAGCCCUUUAAAUAGUGCAGUCAGCCAAGGAAAUUAGAUGAGAAUUGUGGCUUUUUUAAGGGAAUUCACUGAAAGUUAUUCUCUAGGUUUUUAGCCAACAAUUAACCACUAAAAGCUGCUGCUUUUUCAGGGUAGGGGAGGGAAUAAAUACAU